AUGAAGUUGUUCAUAUUCUUCAUCAGCUUGUCUGUGUCUUUAGCUACUCAAGAUCAAUGUGGAAUUUCUAAAGUCAAUUCUGGAGGUCCAACAGGUCUGAUUUUUAAUGGAGAAUUAGCUGAAGAUAGUCAAUGGCCAUGGGCAGCUGCAGUUCUCAUCAUGAUCGUCAAGUUCUUUACACUUCUUAUAAGCUUUGCUGUGUCAAUUAAUUCUCAAAAUCAAUGUGGAAUACCUGGAAUUCAGCCUAGAGUUGAAGUUAAUCUAAAUCACAAAGACAAGGUCGCUGACGAUGGUCAAUGGCCAUGGGCUGCUGCAUUGUACCUUAAAAAUGGAAAUCAAAGGCAAUAUUUCUGUUCUGGGACGUUGAUUAGCGAUCAGUAUGUGUUGACAGCUGCACAUUGCAUUCAAAACAAAGCAGCUACUCGUCUCUCACCCAACCAAAUAUCAGUGACUCUCGGAGCUGUUGACUCGUCAAACAACAAUGGAGAUAUUUAUGAUGUCAUCGAUGUAAAAACCCAUCCAGAAUGGAACACAACUUAUGAUACAAAGUUCGAUGCUGAUCUUGCGAUCAUUAAGCUAAACAGUUCUGUAGAAUUCUCACCGUAUGUCCAGCCAGCUUGUCUACCAACACCAGAUGAGAAAGUUUUUGAAGUGACUGGAUUUGUUGCUGGGUAUGGGACGUACUCGAAUGAGGAUGGAAUUGAUGGAAAGUUGAGAUAUUUACAGAUUCCAACUGUGACUCAAGAGAACUGCUUGUGGCAUCCAGGAGGAUUUGCUAAGGCUGCAUCGAAGAGGACAUUUUGUGGUGGGGAUUUGAGUAAGAGUGCUUGCAAAGGAGACAGUGGAGCUGGAUUUGUCACUGAGUCACUCUCUGGUUUAUAUCAAAUAAUUGGAAUUGUGUCUGCAGCCAUCCUUAGUUUGACUGAAAAUUGUCAACCUGAUAGCUAUGUUGUCUUUACAAAUGUUCCUUUGUUCGUUAAUUGGAUAUUAACUGAGACUGGUCGUGCUGAUGUGAUUGGUCAACAAGCCUGGAAUCCCUACAAUCCAUCCACAAAGAUCAUUUCUGCCGGUUCUAUCUAUGUCGAUGAAGGAGGCGUGAAGGCAUACAUCGCAAGACGUAAAAUUGGUGACAAUUUAAUUGUUGGGAAAUUUUUUGAGGAGUGGAAGUCAAUUUAUGUGCCUUAUUUUGGAGGAGAACUGAAAUUUGAGGACGGAAUUGUAAUUUUGGCGUCGAGCAAAAAUCCACAAUGGAUCCCAUUUUCUGGUUCAUUUCCUCACAAUGCUGUACAAGGAGGUCACGAAGGAGGUGCAAAACUGUUUGUUGGUCGAAAAAUAAUUGACGAUAAAAGUGUAAUUGGAAAAAUCAUUGACAAAACAAUUUACGUGCCAUAUUUCUCAAAAGAACUGUCAUUUCAAGAUUUUGAUAUUUUGGUGCUGUGCGAUGAAAGUUGGACUCCAUACAACUCCUCAACCGAUUCAAUACCAGUCAACUCUAUUUCUAUAGAUGAAGGCAAUGCAAAGACUUUUGUGGCCAGGAGAAGACACGCUAAUAAUUUGAUAAUUGGAAAGUUUGUGCCAAGUUGGAAUUCAAUCUUUUUACCAUUUAUGGGACAGGAGCUAAAGUUUGAGGAUAGAAUUGAACUUUUGACAACCAACAAGACACACCAAUGGAUCCCUUUUGAAGGAACAUUCCCAACAAACGCAGUUCUAGGCGGCUUUGAAGGAUCAGCAAAGCUAUACGUUGGUCGAAGAAUGCACGAAGGAAAGAAUACAAUUGGCAAAGUCAUCGACACCACUAAGACAAUUUACAUUGGCUCCGGUGGACUUGGAUUUAACGGCAGAUUAUCUGAAGAUGGUCAGUGGCCUUGGGCUGCUGCAUUGUACCUUAAGAAUGGAAAUUCUAGAACGUUUUAUUGUUCUGGGACGUUGAUUGGUGAGCAGUAUGUGCUGACAGCCGCCCACUGCAUCCAAGAUAAAGGCAGACCUCCAUUUGAAACCGAUAAAAUAUCCGUCACUCUUGGUGUCGCCGAUGCAUCCAAAAAUCGAGGAGAAAAGUUCGAUGUGAUUGAAGUAAAAAUGCAUCCAGAAUGGAGCACAACUUAUGGCACUAAAUACGAUGCUGACAUUGCAAUCAUUAAGCUUGGCCGUUCAGUUCGAUUUUCAAAGAAUAUUCAGCCAGCAUGCUUACCAACUUCUUAUGAGAAAGUCUUUGAAGUGACUGGAUUUGUUGCUGGAUAUGGAGUUACUAAUGAUGAUGUUCUUGAUGAGAAGUUGAGAUACUUGAAGAUUCCAACUGUUAGUCAGGAAGACUGUCUGUGGCAUCCAAGUGGAUUCCAUACAACAGCUUCAAAGAGAACCUUUUGUGGCGGUGACUUGAGCCAGACAGCUUGCAAAGGCGACAGUGGAGCUGGAUUUGUGGUCCGAUCUCACACAGGAUCUUUCAAAGUCAUCGGAGUCGUGUCAGCUGCGAUACUUGAUCUUGGAGAGAAUUGUCGAUCUGAUAGUUAUGCUGUCUUUACGAAUGUUCCUUUGUUUGUUAAUUGGAUAUUGAUUGAAACUGGCCGUGCUAAUGAGAUUAGAAACGAAGUCUGGAACCCGUACGAUCCAUCAACAGACGUAAUCUCAAAGAAUUCUGUAUACAGUGACGAAGGAAGUGUUAGGACUUAUGUUGCAAGACGAAUGCACGAUAAAAAUUUAAUUAUUGGAAAGUUUGUUCGUCCACAUAAAACAAUUUAUGUGCCAUACUUUGGAGAGGAACUGAAAUUUGAGGACAAAAUUGAGAUUUUGGCAUCGAAUAAAAGCCCUCGUUGGGUACAAUUUACCGGAUCCUUCCCAAAUAAUGCUGUCCAGGGUGGAUACGAAGGCGAUGCAAAGCUUUUUGUUGGCCGAAGAAUGCACGAAGGCAUCUUUAUAAUUGGAAAAGUCGUGGACUCUAUUAAAGCCAUCUUUAUUCCUUAUUUUUGGAAAGAGCAUCGAUUCGAUGAUUUUGAAAUUUUGGUUUUGGAAUGAAACUGUUUUGAAUAAGUGGGGAUCAAGGGGGGCAACAACAUGAUGGGAAAAUUUUUUACAGGAAAUUUAAUCCUAUGCUCUUUUGGGAUUGAAAAAGUGGACAGCAAUUUUUGAAGAUAAAAACAUUUUGCCCUUCAUGUUGUUAUCCCCUUGAGAACAAUGCAGCUAAUUGCUCAAUAAUGUCAAAUUUAGGAUAUGAAAAUUAUAAUAAAAUUUAUUGAAUUUUUUAAUAUUCUUCAAAUUAUUGCUUUGAAGCUUAGAUUUAAAAAUCAGCAUCCAAACUGUUCCCAUCUUCCUAACUGUCCUUAGCAUCUUAGAAUAUAUUGCAGCUAAAAAUAAAUAAUUCAUUAAAAUCUCCAAAAUUCUAUCAAAAAAAAAUAUUAUUUCAACUUUGUCUCUCAUUCACACCAAAAAAAGGUCUUUCGAAUUUCAUUCUUACUAAUAUGAUUAAUCCAAAACUAAAUUUUCGAUAUUCACUCGAGCUUCGAGAAGACAUCCAAGUGAUGCAAGUCCUUCUCAAUACGGAAAUGAUGAACUUCCAUGAUAUGAAGUCGAAGGUCGCUUCUCUCGCUGAUUUUCAUGCCGGAAUAUUGAACGAGUUUGGCUGUGUAUGGAUAUUCACAGAAGAACUUUCCAUUGACUGACACUCGAACGCCUUGACGCUCGAAUCCAAUGGCAAUUUUGAAGAUUUUUUCAAAGUCAAAUGGGAAGCCGCCAUAGGACUCUUCAUCGUCUUCAACGAAACUUUGUUCCUCACGACCUUCUGCUGCGAAAACCUCACAUCAAAUGUAAAAGCCUGCUUGUCACCUUUGCCAACAUAAAAUUUGAUUCUAAAAGCACCAUUUGGAUUGCCACCAGCACUUCCUUUAACCACAAGUACACUUCCUUCCUUAAAUGGUGCUGGAAUGUCAUUUGAAAACACUAAAUGUGCUGGCAAUCUUGAUUGUGCUACUGGAUAUGUGAAUGGGAAGAUACGACGAUGAUCAAAUUGAAUUACACGAUCAACGUCACGAACGACUUGGCAGGAUUGAAUACGCUUGACGGAGGCACGGAAGAUGUAGUCACAAAAGUGAAUUGAAUUUAUGCUGAUGUGGAAACGGUCGAGACCGAUGAGAAUGUAGAAUGUGAAUCUGUCGCCUGGAAAAUUGGAAUCAUUUAGACUGAAAUGUUAUAAGGAACCAAAAGACACACAUGAGCCGCCAAAGCAGUAAUUGUAUUAACUUAG